UAAAAACAAGGUGCUGAAAUUUAAGUUUAAUAAACAAAAUGGAGCAACCGGACAAAGAUAUAAUAAAAGUGCUUGAAGCCGAGGCUCAAAUGUUGGGUACCACACUAGCAUUACAAAAUGCCGGUGCCCAAAAUAACAGGCUCAAACUGGAGGUCACUAGGUUACAAGAGAUCCUGGAGAAGCAAAGGAAGGUCCUGCAGAAGGCCGAGGACAACAGAAAGGAGGGUGAAUUGAUCUUCUCAACGCUUUUGGGAUUAAAUAAUGAUACUGGGAGUAACCUAACAGAUUCAUCAGAUCCACUGAACAGUGAGACACCAUCAAAAAAAUCAGAUGAAGAUGGAGAAAAGGAAUUUUCCCAGUAAAACCCCUGAAAAAUCCAGCACCUUUACAUAGAAGACUGAUAUAUUAUGUUCCAUGUCCUUAAGAAACACAGCUAACUAAAAUAAUUGUAUAUCAUUGUACAAUUUUUUUUCAAUUAACUUGAUAUUUCACACUAAAGUUUUCGAAAUAUCUUCGAUAUUUGUUUUAAAAAAUGUUUAUUCAUCUAAAUUUGAAAUCAAGGCUUAUUUGUAAAAUUGUAUUCAAAAUA